AUGUGUGUGGGCGCGGCGGGACGCAAGGGCGGCGGCGGAGAAGGUGUGUGGAAUGCGGUGGAGGUGGUGAAGCAGCAAGGCGGAAUGGUAGGCAGGCUGCUGCUGAUGAUAGGGACAGCUCAUCAAGCAGACCCUGCUUCGGGCCAGCGCACGCACGGCAGGGAAGCAGUCGGUAGCAGUCAGUCAGUAAUAGCAGGCGUCGUAAGGGCGAACAAGGCAACGAGAAGCGAAGAACAGAACUGCAGGCAGAGAACCGGUCUGAUGCCCGCCAGACACAGACAGACAAACGAGCUGGACGACGACGAAUAA